AUGUCCGCGCGGAUGCCACCGCGGGGGGGAACGGUUGAGGGUUCAGACGGGUAUAAGGGGGACGCGCAGGGAGGAAGGGAGGAUCGCGAGCAAGAAUUGAGGGCAUUCGUGUGGGAGGGCGAUGGGGAAAAGGAGGGGGAGAGAGAGGGGGAGGGGAAAGGGGAGGGGGAGGGGGAGGGGGAGGGGGAGGUGGAGGGGCAGGGGGAGGAGGAGGGGGAAGAGGAGGGGGACGGGGAAGGGCAGGGGGAGGAGGAGGGGGAAGAGGAGCUGUUCUUGCGGCUAGUGGAUCUGCUGAAGGGGGGAAGGCGGAUGGAGGGGGGAGGGGGCGGGGAAGCAGAAGAGUGGGUGGUGGCGGCGGUGGUGGAGAAUGUGGGGGUAGCGUGGGGGAGGGCGAGGCAGGUGGCGCGUGUGUGUGGGGGGGUGCGAGCGAGGAGCGUGUGGAAGAAAAUUCUGCUUCUCAGCAGCCUUCUCGAUGCUGCCCCUGGCGCUAUGGAGGGGGAGCGGAGAAGAGAGCAGGAAGGAGGGGAGGAGGAGAGAGGUGAGGGGGGAGGGAGAGAAGAGGAGGAGAGUGGAGAUGGUGGAGGGGGGAACAAGGGAGGGGGGCGGGUGGGAGUGGCUCCUGUUGGGCCGUUGAUCCAGCGGGCGAUCGGACGGUUGACAGUCAUUGCAAAGGAUGACGAUGUGCUGCUGCAGCAGUCUCUGGGUUUCUUUCAGAAGCUGGCAGCGCAGCGACGUGGCGUCACGUUAUUGGAUGACCCGUCCACUGCAUUGCCGGCUCUCGUUGCUGGAUUCCCAGAUUUCCUGGCUUGGGAAGCGGAAGCGGACGGUUGUGAUGAUUUGGAUGGAGUGGAGGUGGCGGAUAAGCCGGAGGAGGAAGGAGGAAAGUGGGAGGCGGAGGUCGAGGCACGGAUGCUGGCAUGCAAGCGGCAACUCAAGCAGCUGGGAGUGCGAGUGCGGGACCUGCCACUCAUCAUCAACCGCUUCCCUCCGGUGCUCUCCCCGUCGGUCUUCCUAAACGCGCCUAUCGUAGCCGAGGCCAUCACCAGUACUCUCAAGGUACCAAUCAGCAAGGUCGACCCCAUGCUCACGCGCUGCCCCGAGCUGCUCUCGCUCUCUCCGGCCAACAGCAUCGCGCCAGCUGGCGUGUUCCUACAGGGCGUGGGGCUGACGCGUGGGGAGAUGGUGCGCGUGCUCUCUGCCAGCCCCUCUCUGCUGUGCCGCCCCAGGCACCAACUGGGGGAGUCACUAGAUUGGCUGCAAGAAAACCUCAGCGUUCCCUCCCACGAGCUAGCCCAUCUCAUCUUCCGCUGCCCCGGCCUGCUCUGCCUGUCGCCCGCGGUGCUGCAAGGCAAGGCGGCCUUCCUCACGGGGGAGGUGGGCGUGGUGGCAGCAGAGGAGGUGGCGCGUGUGGUGUGCCGCUUCCCUGAGGUGCUCACUAUGAGCGUCAAGUCCAUGAGAAACAGGAUCUCCUACCUCUACUCCCGAGGCUUCUCCCGUGCUGACGUGGCAGGCAUGGUGGUUCGGUACCCACCGCUCCUGGGCUACAGCGUUGCUGCGGUGCUUCGGCCGAAACUGGACUUCUGGCUCGAGGAGGAGGAGAAGGGGGUGGAAAAGAGCGCUUCUGCUGCCACUGCGGAUGCGGCUGCAAGUAAUGGCCGUGGCAGUGGGGAUGGUAGUGCUGCUGCAACUUCGGGUAAUGUUCGUGGUGGUGGUGGUGGUGGUGAUGGUGGCGGUAGUGGCGGUACUGCUGCUGCUGCUUUGCCAGCCGGCAACAAUGUUCCCGCCAAGAUCCACGCGCGAAAUGCUGCACAAUAUGCAGCGAAAUCCUCGCGUCGUUUCCAAAAAGGCUCAGCAAUCACCGCCGUUGCAGCACCCGCCGUGUUUGGAGACGGCGUUUUCGGCGCUGUCCCCUACUGGCCGGCAGAACCGGGAGACUCCGCGCAAUCUCCGGCGCGAUCCCCGGCGUGGAUGACGGCUGGUCGAGGAUCCGCGGGCAGCAGUUCCAGCAGCGACGAGGAGAGGGAGGAGACAGGAUACGGCGGAGGGUUAGGGGGGAAGUUCUAUUCGCCUCCUAGCGCGCGCGGGGAAACGGGUAGCGCGGGGAAGGACAGGCGGAAAAGCUUGGGGAGCGGCGGAAAGAAGCCGCGGCAAGCGUCGUUUCACAUUAGCCUUAGCAGCAGCGACUCUAGCGGUUCAGACGGGGAGGGGGACGGGCGGAAUGGGGAACGGGUUGGCGGAGAUGGGGGGAAGAGGAGGGGGAGUUUUGGCGGAAGGGGGAGUGCGCUGGACGCGGAGAGGCCAGUGGCGCGGCCUGUGAGGCGGGUGGAGGCGGAACUGGGGGAGGUGGAGCGGAAAGUAGCUGCUGAGGUGGAGGUACGUUUGUGGAAUGGCGUCGCGGGGUGGUGGUUUAGUAGGGGACGGGAGGUGGAAUUGGGGGAGGUGGAACUGGGGGAGGUGAAACUUGGGGAGGUGGAACUGGGGGAGGCGGGACAAGGGGAGGCGUUUCUGAUCACCCCUUCCCACCCAAACCCCCCUGAGCAGGAAGAGGUGAGGCAGCGGCGGGUGCGGCUGGAGGGGAGGCUCAUGGCAGAGGGGGAGAAGGGACGGGCAGCCCCAGCAGCAGCAGCAGCAGCAGCAGCAGCAGCAGCAGCAGCAGCAGCAGCAGCAGCAGCAGCAGCAGCAGCAGCAGCAGCAGCAGCAGCAGCAGCAGCAGCAGCAGCAGCAGCAGCAGCAGCCCCAGCAGCAGCAGCAGCAGCAGCAGCAGCAGCAGCAGCAGCAGCAGCAGCAGCAGCAGCCCCAGCAGCAGCAGCAGCAGCAGCAGCAGCAGCAGCAGCAGCAGCAGCAGCAGCAGCAGCAGCAGCAGCAGCAGCAGCAGCAGCAGCAGCAGCAGCAGCAGCAGCAGCAGCAGCCCCAGCAGCAGCAGCAGCAGCAGCAGCAGCAGCAGCAGCCCCAGCAGCAGCAGCAGCAGCAGCAGCAGCAGCAGCAGCAGCAGCAGCAGCAGCAGCAGCAGCAGCAGCAGCAGCAGCCCCAGCAGCAGCAGCAGCAGCAGCAGCAGCAGCAGCAGCAGCAGCAGCAGCAGCAGCAGCAGCAGCAGCAGCGGCAGCAGCAGCAGCGGCAGCAGCAGCAGCAGCAGCGGCAGCAGCAGCAGCGGCAGCAGCGGAGGCACAGUCUUGCUGUACCUCCUUCAUCCCCUCUCUCCCUCCCCUACCACCUCUGAUGCUCCCUUACUCCCAUCUCACCCCCUUCCACCCCGAGGCGGUGAGGCAGCGGCGGGUGCGGCUGGAGGGGCGGCUCAUGGAGGAGCGGGAGAAACGGGGGGCAGCUGUAGCAGCGGAGGAGGUGAGGCAGCGGCGGGUGCGGCUGGAGGGGAGGCUCAUGGAGGAGCGGGAGAAGGGGCGGGCAGCCGUAGCAGCGGUUGAGGCACAGCGGGAGGCGGUGCAGACCACACUGGCUCGGCUUGACAGGGAGCACUGGCAGGCCGUGGAGGAGAUGAGGGAUUCUCACAUCCGUCGGCUGUCUCAGGAGCACGAGCAGAAAUCAGAGGCUGGGGAGUCGCAGCUUCGGAGAGAGGCAGCAGCGGCAGAGGCUCGGCGCCGAGCCGAGAUCGAAGCUGAGCUUCGGGCAAAGCAGCAGAGGGAGAUGGAGGAGGAGAGGAGAAGGAAGGAGGAGGAGAGAAGGAGGAAGGAGGAGGAGGAGAGGAGAAAGGAGGAGGAACGGAAGAGGGAGGUGGAAAGGCAGCAGCAGGAGGUGGAGGCGAUUGCUGAUGCUGCAGACGCGAGGGCAGCAGCAGAGGUGGGGGAUUUGAGGGAGUCUGAGGGCAGGCAGGCGACGUUUUUUGGGGGGAGGGCUGGGUGGGGUGGGUUAUGUGAUUGCAAGGCGAAAGCAGCAGCAGCUGCGGAAGCAAAAAAGAAGCAAGCGCAGAGGAGUUCCAAAGUGCGAGUGGCAGAAGGGGCAGCGAAGGAGGCAGAGGCCCGGCUGGCACGGCUCAAGGCGAUGCGCGACGAGAUCGCUCCCAUCAUGGCUGAUAAUGCUCGGAAGAAGGACCGCAAGACUGUGGAGCGGCGAAUCAUUCUGCUGGUUCAGCAGAUCUCAGCCUCGCACGAACAAAUCGACAAGAAGUCUAAAGAUCUCACGGGGCUCCUGCUGGACCCAUCUCUUCCCCAGAUGUUCGUUGCAGUCACCUUCGCCUCCAAGAUCUUAUCCCAGUGCGAGUCCCAAGUAACCAAGUUACCAUCUUUCGCAUUUGCUCUCGCGCAAGUCAUAGUGAACGUGGCCUCCCAGGCACCCAUUGCCAUGGACACUCUAAUUGCAAGUUUGAACGAGACCUGCAUCUACACUAUCCCACAGCACUAUGUCUUUUCCGAGGCCUCUUACCCCUCUGACGACGCCUAUUAUCGCGAUUUGAGGUACAGGGAGGAAGAGGGGGAGGGUGGGAAGAAGACAAUGGAGUCGACCGAUGCUUAUAUAGAGAGGAUGACUGGAUACAUCACCCUCAUGGCUGCUAUUUGCCAGACCCUACCGCCUGGCACCGCAGUGCACCCUUUUGGCUUGUCCCAUGCAUGGCAGUGGUGUGCCCGGCUGCUGAACCACCUCCCAGCCAAUCGGGCAUGUGCCACCGCCUUGGAAGUAUUUCUCAAGAUUGCUGGUUACCGCAUGCACCUGACGUACCGCUCGCAAUUCUUGAAGCUGCUAGACGUUGUGGGGAACGAGUAUCGGGUCAAGCUGCAGGCGCUGAACGACGCUGAUGUGGCGCCGGUGGUUAACCGAAUCGAGACAUAUGUUGGUGUGCUGGCGUAUCUGAAGCCGCCUGAGGGGCUGGAGAUGCCGCUGCAUGACAAAUCGUCAGACGUCAGAGCGUAG